CGAGUCAUCCCGAACAAGAGCGAAAGUCACAGUUCUUAAGAGAGCUGUGCGAGCCGCAGCCACUGCUGUUAUGAUUUGGUGUAAGUAGCUCUAGCUGUAGCUCUGCCUCUGUCUGGUCUGAGCUUCUCAACCGCGACGUAAAGAUCAGAAUUUACACCAAAAAUAUGUCGCGCUGUGCUGAUUUUUUCACCUCCGGUCUUCGGCGUAGGCGGCGAGCACAAUCGGAGCCACAGCGGAGCGUCGGCGAGGAAAUGGUGCUUUGCAGGAAUAGCCUGUGUACUAAGACGACAUCGCCGGCACGGCAAGGAUCACUGGAAUAAAAAACGGCUCCGCGCUCCAUAAAAGAAGUGCGAGGAGGUAACGGAGACUGGGCACAUUGUCCUACGACAUCGAUAACCACCGCGAGAAAAAUGCUGCAGCGCGGAAUGAGCCUGGCGUCGGUGUCCCCCGGGGGCCCUGUCGGCAAGCAAAACUCCACCGAAUCUCAUUUACCGGCCAAGUCCUCUGCUUCGUUUUUCGCCACGGCGGUUUCUUUUCGGGAUAGGAUAGCCAGUAUUCUGCCCACGCCCUUCAAAACGGUGGCGUUUGGGGCAGUACCGGAGGUACUUUUGAUGGGUUGAUUCGCAUUUCAUUGACUUGUGCUUCUGGCCAAAGCAAUCCACUCUAUCAUGCGCGAUCAUAUAGUGAUCAUGACGUUACUAGCGUUACGGUAGUGUUAGUGGACCAGAAGUAGCAGUACACGACUCAAAACGCACAUGCUCGAAAAUUAGGUCGUUGAAAUUGACGCUGCGAGUGGCGACGAAGAAGAUUCUUCCUUCGCUUCCCAAGACCUAAACAGUCCCGCGACCAGGCAAGAGAGCGAGAAGGCGAAGAAGAUAAAGAACCGCAGGAAGACGGGUGCGGUGCAACAAAAUAAUCGGCGGGACUCGAACGCGAGCCAACUGAGUCGGAAUUCUUCCAAGUUGUCCAAGGAAAUCGCAGGGGAAAACGACAACUCCGACGAGGACGCGACGCUGGACGCGUCGGAACUCGCCAUGAAAGAGGAGCGGAAGGCGCGGAAGCGUGCCUCGCUGCAGGCCUGCGCGAAGCAGGCGUCGGUGGCGUACAGCAUUUUCACGGUGGACGACAGUAUCGACACGCGGGUCAUCCGUUUUAACUCCGGCUUCAACCGGCAGCUGACCGUGAUCCUCACGAUUUCGGUCCUCUGGACCGCCGGCUACACGCCGUUCUUCAUCGCAUUUUCAGAUCGGAUGGAAAAACUGUGGAGUCGGGACGGGAAAGAAGCAGUGGAUACAAUGGAAAACGACGAAAGCGUGGAAAACUUGCUUCCCGUCGCGAUUUUCAACCUGUUGGUCGAUCUGCUCUACGCGUACGGGGUUUUUCUCCGUUUGUUCACGAGCGUCUGUGACUUGACGUUCGGGAAGGAGUGGUGCAAAUUGAAGACCAUCCGGUUCCACGUUUUUCGCAUGCGGACCUUCUGGCUGGACUCGUUGAGCCUACUACCCUUGCUGCUCCAACCGCUCCCACCGUUCACGAAUUUGUUUUUCGGGGAUUGGAACUCGGUUUCGAAAACCUUCGAAGCCUUCAAGCUCCUCCGGCUCUGGCGGCUGAUUCUAAUCCCAUCCAGCCAUCUAGAAGCGGAGUACUCCAUCUCCGUCCACAUUGGCCGCGUGGUCACCUGGGUUUUUCUCCUUGGGCACGUGCUGGGCUGCUUCUGGUUUCUGAUUCUCGAGUCCAACAGCACGACCGAUUUGCACGUCGACAUUUCCGACGAUAUCAUGGUGAAGCAGCAGACCCUGCACUCCUGGUAUCUCUUCGGGCUGCGGGAGGGGGUUUACAUCCUGACCGGCCGGGUACGCCCCGCGUUUUCCGACCAGGAAAUGACGUUGCUCUCGUUGAUGUCACCGACGGGGAGCUUCUUUUUCGCCAUUGUCUCCGCGAACUGCACGGUGCUGCUGUCGAGGUUGGACGCGGUGAAGAGGAAACACCACGAACAGAUGUGCUUCGUCCGCUCGGCGAUGACUAGUUUGAAUUUACCGGACGACUUACGAUCCAGAAUCGAGAAAUACCACUUGUUCCUUGCGAUCCACCACAACUUGAACGCAUACAACUCCCUGUUUCAGGUAUAAUGUUAUGGUGUAGUUCUUCUUCUUGUUGAUUUGAUGCUUCGGUUUUCAUCUUCCUGGUUCUGGUACUAGUGCAAAAAAAAAAACGAAAUAAAACAUAGCGGCUCUGGAGGUCGUUUUUUCCGACGAUCUCGGUUGAUGUGGUAUAGUAUAUCCAAACCGAAAAAUCUUCAACCCGCUUAUUUCCAGGGCCUCAGCGUCCAACUGUUCACGGAGUUGAAAGCGACGAUUUACGACAAACUUUUCCGCAACGCGCCGUUUUUCCGCAACGCACCGGAGGAGUUCAUCCAUUCCAUUGUUCUCGCUCUCGAGGAGACUACCUUCUCCCCCGGCGAGAACGUCAUUAUCCAGGGAGAGAUCGGCGCGGAAAUGUACUGGAUCCUCCGCGGCCGCUGCGACGUCAUCGACUCCAGUGGGAUUCGUGUGGUGGCGACGCUUUGCGAAAACAACUUUUUCGGCGAAGUCGCGCUGCUCGUGCAAACGCCCCGGCUGUGCUCCGUCCGCGCCGCGACCUAUUCCCUGCUCGCACAAAUCACCCGGGACAAAUUUCUCCCGAUCAUUGACGAGUUUCCGCAGCAGAAACAGUACUUCAUCGAGAGGAUACGGAGCUACCAGCUGGAGCAGAGCAAAGACAAUGACCAACAACCGCAAAGCGACGACCCAUUCCUGGAGCCGGAAGGCCGCGAGGUCGAGCCGCACGUAAACGCGACGCCGGCCGUCGUGUCGGUUGCUUCGGAACAGCAGCAUAACUACAAUGGUAUGACAAGUUCAACGACCUCCGGCGCGACUAAGCACCACGUCAGUAGUCCAAGCAGUACUUCGGGGCAGCAGCAAGGCAAGAAGCAGGCUCUGCUCCUCCUCGAUACGGUGGACAAAAGUGUGUCCGACUUUCAGAAGCAAAAAUUCCGGAAAACCGGAGUGGCGCCGGCCAUUACGAUCUCGAAAGAAAAAAGCUUCGGCGCGGCGGAACAGGGCGAGGAGGAGGACGAGAGCGGCGACAGGGAGGACAAGGUGAAUGAAAUAACAAAGGUGUACUCCACGAUCUCACCAUUGGCGCAACAUCUGCCCCCAGCGGCGCAGCAACACAACAAAGUCCGGUCGAGUUUUGCGCAGCCCGGGAGGGAGAAGAUCCUGGGGCGGAGAACCUCUUUCGCGCAGGGCUUCGGCAGGCCGGGAGAGGACUCAAUCGAGUUGGGCGACGGUGCGAGCUCCAUACACACGGGCCACCUGGCCGGUGGCGGCAAAGGGCUGAUGCGGAGAAACACCCGGCAAAGCAUCGGGGAGCAGAGCGAGGGCGGAACGAGAAUCUACACCGCUUUGGACCAGGAACUAGAGAGCGAGGUAACUGGUCGUCUGGCGAUUCUUCUCCUAGCUACGUAAUGUAAUUUGGUAGUGCCCGCUAGUCUUGUUACCAAGUAGUGAAAAUCAUGACUUCAGUAGGUGUAGGUGUAGGUGAGCGAUCUCUCAAAUUCUGCCACUGGAGAAAAGAUGAUGUUGCUGAUGUCAUUCGAGCACAUUGACAGUUACAUACGAAGACUUAUUCGGUCUAGGAAAUUGCAGCUGUUGAUCUCCUUUCUUGCUCAUUUAUCGGCAUCACGAUUAUGGUCCGCGGUUUCAUUGCGAGUACAACCAUCAACCCCUCGCCCAGGUCGCUCGGCUACAUCGCGAGAUGGAGCGGCAGACGGCCCAGAAAUUCAAGCUGGCGGUGACGAACCCGAUUCAAGAAAAAAUCCACCAACUUCGGGUAGAGCACGAGAACGACUCCUCCAAGCGCCGGCUCUCCGCGCUGCCAACAACCGGCGGGGGCGGCGCGAGCAGUUCCUCUGCGCACGACAGCGGCACCACUACCAACCGAGUGGUGGGCAGACUGACCACCGCGGUUUCGAAGGUUGUUUUGGGGAACAAGUUGCGCCAAAGCUUUGCGGCCCCCUCCCCGGACAGCGCGUCGGUGGGCAUGUUCGACGACAAAGGCCAUGCAGAACUCAAGGACUUUUCCGCUCAGCACCAAGCGCAGAAGAAAAAGGAGUUGGGCCGCCGCGCGAGUCAGGUCAGCAACCACCACGUCGUCUCCCUAAACGCCAUGCUGGCCAACCCAAGUUUUGCGAGGAAACAAACUUCUGCGUUGGUCUUUUCAGCGGUCUAUUGAGUCAAUGCCAAGAGGACUGCACAAAGUGAAGAAAGAUGUUGCUGCAGCUCAUCAUCGAUCUCUGCUGGAAUAUACUUGCAUGAAAUAGCAGGACUGCACCCGCCACGGACAGCAGCUCACUUUUGGCGGCGUGCGCUCGCGGUAAAGUACUUAGUUGCAGCAUAUCGAGGACUAUUUGUAUUUCCGUUUGUUUGACAACUCGACGCAUCGGCUUUUGUCCUUUCAUACGUGUGGCAGUUUGAACAUUUGCAAUCCAAAGAGCACGGGUAGCGGAAGUGGAGGGGGCGGUGGUAAUCUUCUUUUUCUCGGGUUUUUGUCGUCCUAUGAAGAGUGUAAUAUGCGAAAUCAUUUUAUGAUCUAGCGAAGGUCAUCAAGUUGCGAACUGAACGCAAAUUUGUCCUCGCCCUUUUGACUUUACGGACUGCAGAUCAAUUAUGGAAGUGUCAGAAUCGAAAUUGACAAAAUCGAAAAACUUGUAAUGCAUAAAAUCGAUACGAGUUGGAGCCUCAGUUUCCAAGUGGCGCAUGACAAAUUUAGGAUGCACUAAAAUCCGGUCUGUCAUGCUGUUUGGGCAAAGAAGACUUCUCCUGUCAUGGUACUCUGGCAGCGCAGCGCCUUCCCCUAAACAGGCUUGCCACCGUUCUCGUUUGCUUGCUCCCCAACACAGGCCAUACGUGCUCUACAUUUCAUGCAUUACAAAUUUUUCGAUUUUGUCGAUUUCGAUCCUGACAGUUCCAUAUCAAUGAUCUACUGUCGAGCUGCCCCUACUUCAUCUUCUCACAUAUCACCCAACAUGCCAGGUCUCGCCGUGAGUUCCGUGUUGAGCGAGCAGCGCAUGUUGAAGCAGCAGAUUCUUGAGCCGUUGAAGGAAGAGCUGCACGUGAUUCGCGAGUUGGUGGAGGACGUGCUUGUCCAACAAGAAACGAUCGAGAUGCAGAUUCGCGUUUUGGAUUCGAACCAAACGCAGCUCCAAAUGACCCACAACCAAAGCAUGAAAAAGCUCGAAUCGGUCGGCGGGGGAGGAGGUGGUCAAGGUCAACAACAACUCGCAAUGGCGCCAAGCAGAUCCACCAGAGACGGCGACCAACUCGAGCACCUGCAAUCGCUGGGCGCUCUCGAUUCAUCUGCGGUUGGGGACAGCGGGGGACAUGUGCCUUUCGGGGGGCCCUUGCUGGAAAGCGACUAA